AUGAAUAAGAAGUUUAUUUUAUUGCAUUAUACUUAAAAUCCUCCAAAUUUCCUAAACGAUUCUUUUCAAUAUUUCUUAUUGUUGAGAGAAUUAUCAAUUGAUUCUUUCUAGCAAAGAUCCUCUUUACCUAAAUACGCAAAUUGCAAUGAGGCUUUCUAUUUGACUUAUGAUUACUAAAGAUGCUAAUUGAUCGUUUAAUAGAUUCACUAAGAAAGAAAAAGUAUAUUAUUAUUUUAUACCUAGAAUAAUAAAAUGACAAUAAAUAAUAGGACCAAUAUCAAUCCAAGUUAUAUCUUCAUCUUUAAUAACUGAUAUAGUUUCUACGAUUACUCCUCCUUAAAAUUCUAAUACAGCUUAAUAUGAAGAAUCCUAUUUCAUAAAAGGUGAAUGAAUUAAGGGAAGAUCAAGCUAUUAGGUUGGAUCUCUGA